GGGUCGGCCCCUGAUGAGAGGAGAACGCUUCUGAUGCAGAGCCUCUGGAAAACAGAGGGCGUUUCAGCAGAGUCAACCCUCACCUUUUACCAUAUGUAGUGUUAUUUCGUUUUGCCCGUAUUGUUUUUGACUGUCAGUUUAUAAGAUCCGUGACAGGAUGGCAUUUGUUUUCUGUUUCUUAACCAGCUCGUUCCGCACCGCUGGUGCUGUGUAAUAGUUUUUCUGAACCGGAGGAUAAAUGACAGUUGGCGUUUUCGCACGGGGGUGUGAUGGCAGUCCCCUGCCGGGUCCUGCUCUGGGGAUCCUGAGGUGGGAGAAGAAGCCGGAUGCCGCGUUUGUAAUAGUUCAAGAACAUUUCAAAGAAACCUACGAGUUUCUAUUCCAGUCGGGGUCCUGGAGCCUUCUGCAAGCCCGGUGCUGGUGUACAAUUGUUAAACAUCUCAAACCUUGUACGGGAACAUUUUUAACCAUUUCAUGCGAAAACCCACCUCCGGGUGCCUCAGAUCAGAACGUUCGUCUUCAGACAUCGCUGUUGAGGCUUCACAGGAGUGAGUGAAGGGGGGGCCUGUGGUGCUCCUGCAGUCUUUUUCCUCUGUGGCUAAGGGCCGUCGAGUCGGGUGCGCAGGUGUGCUCGCCGCGCCUGGCGCUCACGCGGUGGGGCCGGGGGGCCGGGGGCUGGCAGAGAGCAGGCCAGGGCUGCAGCAGGUCCCCCGCUCUGCCCCAUGAGCUCACUCGCAGGCAGAGCCCCGCCUUCUGCCAGGGAGGGUCUCGGAAAGGGCCCAGGGCUUAAGAGCUGCUGCUCAGCUCCGGGGAGGAGGCUGUUGCCGGAGGAGCGAGGGCUGCACUGAUCGACCGCUCUGCCGCCGGCCGGGAGGCGCGCACGGGACCCACGCUGAAAAUGCCACAGAACGUGGUUCUUGAGGGUCCAGCCCCGUGGGGAUUCAGACUGACGGGCGGAAAGGACUUCAAUCAGCCUUUAACUAUUUCAAGGAUUACUCCAGGAAGCAAGGCUUCGCUAGCUAACCUCUGUCCAGGAGACAUCAUUCUGGCCAUUGAAGGGGUUGCAGCUGAAGGUAUGACUCACUGUGAGGCCCAGAAUAGAAUCAAGGACUCCAUCAACCAGCUGAAUCUGAAGAUUGAGAGACCGGAAACCGAACUCUGGUCUCCACAAGUCACAGAAGAUGGCAAAGCGCACCGUUUUAAAGUUAAUUUGGAAUCUGAACAGAAGGAGUAUACACCCAUUGGCACAGCUCACAACAGGAGGGCCCAGCCAUUUGUCGCUGCCGCCAACGUUGACGAGAGGAGGCAAGUGGUGAGCUCGGCCUACAACUCUCCGAUAGGCCUGUACUCUGCUGGCAAUAUCCAGGAUGCCCUGCAGGGGCAGCUGCGCGGCCUUAUCCACGACAAGCCUGAGGAGGGUGGUUUCAGCAAGCCUGUGGCCUUGGCUCAGCGGCCCCCCCUGGUGACUGGUAGCACCUCCUGCAGUGCCUCACAAGCAGCACCCCCUCCUGUGAACUGCAGGGCUGGCCCGACAGGGGCUAGGGUCCUCAGCUCUCAGUAUAACUCUCCGCUGCCGCUGUACUCAGAUGCCACUAUUCUGAGCACGCUGCAGGGAAAGACGGCGACGUUAGGCGAGCAGGCCCAUCUCAGCGCGCCUGCCACGUCCUCCAUAGAAGACUCCCACGUGUACCGGAUGCUCCAGCAGGACCAGGAGGAGCCUCAUGAGCCGCGCCAGUCCGGCUCCUUCAGAGCCCUGCAGGACUACGUGCAGGACGGCACGCGGCCCAGCGGGAUCCGGAGCGUGAAGGCCCCCGUGACAAAGCCCCCCAGCUCGAGCGGGACCCUCCAGAAGCUGCCCAUCUGUGACAAGUGUGGCAACGGCAUCGUGGGGACGGUGGUGAAGGCCCGGGACAAGUUCCGCCACCCGGGCUGCUUCGUCUGUUCCGACUGCGACAUGAAUCUGAAGCAGAAGGGCUACUUCGUCGUGGAAGGUCAGCUGUACUGCGAAAAUCACGCCCGGGCCCGGAUGAAACCGCCAGAGGGAUACGAUGCUGUCACUGUUUACCCUACAGCUUAAAACAGACUCCGAACUGCAGACCUCGUCCAGUCUGACUGUUGCAGUAUGUCUGUUCAACAGGUCAUAAUCCGCACACACAUAAAAAUCGAACUAUUGAUAUAGCUGAGCUGUAAAAAUCUCUCUUUUUAAAAAUAAGUCCGGCUGCAUGGUCGGUAGGUAUCAUAAGAAGGGAUUCAGUCUGAUAGGUUUUUAAUCCUUUUGAAAUGCACGUAGGUUAAUAUUGAGUCAGGCUGGAAGAUCGCAAUCUUCAUACCUUAUUCAGUAGACUGACAAAAGUCGGAGGAAAUCCACAUUUGUUUCCCUUAAGUGUCAGAACUGAGAAUGAAUCUUACACGCAGUGGCCAGUCUGUCAGAUACUGUAUAUAAGGUUACAUUCAGCUACAACAGGAAAGGCUGUUUUGCAGUAAGCAAUUUUAUUAGCAUAUGUAUUUGCAUGUGCUUAGAUUGAGUUAUCCAAACCUAGCACUGAAACGCGAUUUCUCUUCUCUAUCAUGAAACACUGCAUUUUGUUUUGUUUUUUCCAGUAACUGAAGUAGGUAUGAUUUGUUUUUCUUUGUUUAUCCAGAAUACAAAUCACUUCUGCAAAUGGCUUUAAUGAGUAAAAGGUAUAUACAGUCUUUAGAAAUAGUGUAAUGCAAGAGUUUUGAUGUUGGGAAUGGCAGAAGCAUGAAAAAACAUACAGAAUUCAAAUGUUUAAUGAAACGUGCUGGUUUUCCUUAGCUCUAGGUGCUCUGGAUGCUGGGCAGGUACUUCAACACAUGUAAUUUCAGAGAAAUUUAGUUUUGCUUCUUGCCCACAUGUGAAAAAAAAAUAUAGCAAAUAGGCAAAUAAUAUGCUGGAUUAUUAUGGCAUCUACUUACAUAUUUUAAAGUUGCAUUUUGCACAUUUAGUCUCAUGGAGAAUGUAUUUCAUUUAAAUGAAUUUCAGCUGUUGCUUCCCUUCAACAAAGCGAUUCAGACUCCAUCGGUUUAAUCCUUUGUUUUCAGCACAAUAGCAAUUAAAAAAGCAGUGAUGAAAAGGUGA